CGUCUCUUUGCCUUUAGCUAAUUGCAAAAACUAGAAACCACAACCCUACCAUAAACCAAAAUGUGUUUCCAGGAGAGAAAGCCCUCUAACUUUCACAGUCUCUAAGUAAUACGGCUGUUCUUUGGGCGAAGGAUGUGAGAGUAUUUUGUUGAAAAACCUAAAAUACUAGUUAUGGUCGAAUCUCCAUACUUCUGAUACCCUGGACUUGUGUAUGGGAGCAAUGCUAGUAAGAGACCAGCUUCUGAGAGCAAAUUUAGCUGGGAAGACAGCAGGGAAACCAGAAGAAAUCUUAUAAGGUGAUGGAGGAACUUCAGAACAGCAUGGCGUGGAUGGUGACUUUGAAAACAACAGCUGCUGACGUGGACGUGGCAGAAUCUAUGCACAAAGCAGGGUCAUCAGAAGCCUCUCGAUUCCAAAGAUGAUAAUGCUGAAAAACACUGCCCUGUGACGGUGAACCCUUGGCACAUGAAGAAAGCUUUCAAAGUCAUGAACGAGCUACGGAGUCAGAACUUGCUGUGCGACGUCACGAUUGUGGCCGAGGACGUGGAGAUCGCGGCGCACAGGGUGGUGCUGGCCGCCUGCAGCCCGUACUUCCACGCCAUGUUCACAGGUGAGAUGAGCGAGAGCCGAGCAAAGAGAGUGAGGAUAAAGGAGGUCGACGGCUGGACGCUGAGGAUGCUCAUUGACUACGUGUACACUGCGGAAAUCCAGGUGACGGAAGAAAACGUGCAGGUGCUUCUCCCGGCGGCCGGGCUGCUGCAGCUGCAGGAUGUGAAGAAGACUUGCUGUGAGUUUUUGGAGACCCAGCUCCACCCUGUCAACUGCUUGGGGAUCCGGGCUUUCGCGGACAUGCACGCCUGCACGGAGCUCCUGAACAAGGCCAACACCUACGCAGAGCAACACUUUGCAGACGUCGUGCUUAGUGAGGAGUUUCUCAAUCUCGGCAUUGAACAAGUGUGCAGCUUGAUCUCCAGCGACAAGCUGACCAUUUCCUCAGAGGAGAAGGUGUUUGAGGCGGUCAUCGCGUGGGUGAGCCACGACAAGGAUGUGCGGCAGGAGUUCAUGGCGCGGCUGAUGGAACACGUGCGGCUGCCGCUGCUGCCUCGGGAGUAUCUGGUUCAGAGGGUGGAGGAGGAAGCCUUGGUCAAGAACAGCAGCGCCUGCAAAGACUUCCUCAUCGAGGCCAUGAAGUACCACUUGCUGCCCACGGAGCAGCGGGUGCUGAUGAAGAGCGUCCGGACCCGGCUGAGGACGCCCAUGAACCUUCCCAAGUUGAUGGUGGUGGUCGGGGGCCAGGCGCCGAAGGCCAUCCGCAGCGUGGAGUGCUACGACUUCAAGGAAGAGAGGUGGCACCAGGUGGCAGAGCUGCCGUCCAGGAGGUGCAGGGCAGGGAUGGUCUACAUGGCUGGGCUUGUGUUUGCUGUUGGUGGCUUUAAUGGCUCAUUAAGGGUCCGCACGGUCGAUUCCUACGACCCCGUGAAGGACCAGUGGACCAGCGUGGCCAACAUGCGGGACCGCAGAAGCACGCUGGGAGCCGCGGUGCUGAACGGGCUGCUCUACGCCGUGGGGGGCUUUGACGGGAGCACAGGUUUGUCGUCGGUGGAAGCGUACAACAUCAAGUCCAACGAGUGGUUCCAUGUCGCUCCGAUGAACACGAGGAGGAGCAGUGUGGGCGUGGGCGUCGUCGGAGGUUUGCUGUAUGCCGUGGGCGGCUACGACGGAGCCUCCCGCCAGUGUCUGAGCACGGUGGAGUGCUACAGCGCCACGGCCAACGAGUGGACCUACAUCGCCGAGAUGAGCACCAGGCGGAGUGGGGCCGGUGUUGGUGUGUUAAACAACUUACUGUACGCUGUCGGAGGCCACGAUGGCCCUUUAGUACGAAAAAGUGUUGAAGUCUACGAUCCCACCACUAAUACGUGGAGACAGGUUGCAGAUAUGAACAUGUGCAGAAGAAAUGCAGGCGUGUGUGCAGUUAACGGUCUGUUGUAUGUGGUCGGAGGGGAUGACGGCUCCUGCAACCUGGCGUCGGUGGAGUAUUACAACCCGACGACGGAUAAGUGGACGGUCGUGUCCUCGUGCAUGAGCACAGGGAGGAGCUACGCAGGGGUCACAGUUAUUGAUAAGCCAUUAUGAGCCUCAAGGACAUUUUCGGCAUAUUGACACACGAGAAACAGGCUUCACAAGUAUUUCCGAAGUGACUGGGAGCCUAGCACUUCUCCACUUGCAGCUGCACUUUACGUCUCAGCAGAAGAUGCGAGCGUCUGGCUUUCUAGGCCUCGGAUACUGAAGAUUAUUUUUGGUAGAAGCACCGUGUAGGCUUUUUCUGCAAUGAGCAGCAGCUGACUGAAUUUCCAUGAGACGCUUGGACUUAGGACUUAUUCUGUAGUCUUCAGAUAACAGUUGCUUUCACAAAGACUAGUUCUUAUCCGCCUGGAAUGACUACGGAUUAUUCUGUGAAGGAGGAUAAAGUAAUGUGUGUUCUUGUAAAAUUAAAUUUUAUCUGUAUUUCUUUUCCUGAAAAUAGACCCAGGAACUGAAAAUCUUUGGACAGGUCUUAAAAUCUACAUACGUAAGUAUACAAACUAGCUGAGGGAUAAAACAGUUUGCUUUUAUAAAAUAUCUUUGAUUACAUGAACAUAAUAAAUUGUGUGCAUAUAAAUGUGUGUCUAUAUGCUUUCCUUUAAAUAUGUUUGAAAAGAUGUUUGAAACUUGAUUAUACUAUUUAUAAUUGGCACAGUACUUUGAAUUAUGCCAGUACUACAUUGUAAAACAGAGUUGUAUUUUUUGAUAUUUAACAAUGCUUAAUACUUUAAAAUGCCACUUCUGAGGAAUGAACAUGGUAUAACACACUUGAAUAUGUGUGAUGCCAAACUUUUUUAAAUAAAAUAUAAAUUAAGCUUAUUUAUUAUUUUCUUUAGUUCAAUCUUGGUCAUGUUUUGGUGUGUAUUUUUAAUUUUUUUCUUAAAGUAACACUUUGGCAUGAACACUGCAGGUUUUUGAUGAAUAUAAUGAAUGUAUGGAAUUAAACUGAAAUCUGCAUGGUCUUAAGAAUUUUUUCUGUGUGUACAAAUUUAGCUGCUAUUAACAGAAGAGAGAACUUCCUGUGAGUAGCCAUGUGUGUUGAUCAGAUAGUUUUUCUGAGAUCUUCAAUUAAUCUCACUUUAAAAAUGACCAAAAUAUGUCUUUCUUGAAUUACCUUUGAAUAAAAGUUUGUAUAUUAUUUGUUUCA